GUUAUGCCUAGUUCACAUACAGAAAUGUAGGCCGAAAGAAAACAAAUAUUUUUAACACUCUAUUUUUAUGCCCUUUGCGGCUCAUUCCCAUGCGAGGAAUUGAAAUAACCGUCUUUAUUUGGCCACGGACGACAAGGAGAUAACCAGUGCCUGCUAAGAUUAAAAUAAACUACCGUCUCGUCUCAGUAAAGAAACGAUACCCAUUCAGAGGCUUAGUCAUCAAAAUACAUUUGUGCGUGCACAAGACGACUACUCAGAAAGCCGAGAAAAAUACUUUAAUCGGAAAUAGAGGCAUCUGAACUAAGUGCAAACUACGACCCGUACAAGUUGUUUAUCCCCAUUUCGUGAACAAAACAACCGGACCCACAGGGCAUAACUUGGCCUCACAGACAAUCCGGAGUUUGAAUAAACUGACUCCUAGCAAUACCGCGUUACAUACUUAUCCUGAAAUAAACUGCACUCUGAAAGCAGAAUACGGAUUACCCGAUUUUUCACCAUUCAAUCCUGUAUACACUUCGGAUAUAUAUAAUUCAGCCUGGGAAAUGGAUUUCUACAGCGUCCUCGUCUUCAUUGCGAGUUUCAUCGUCGGGAUCGAGUCGAUCAAGAAAUCCUCAAUGUUUAUGUCGGAAGUUGAUCUACUGAGGGCAGCCAGAAGUGAAAAGUCCGCGAUCAGAGUGACAGAAAAAGUAGCGCGCACGCUUACGAAAGCACAUACAAUUUCGUUGGCGUUUGAACUCAAAGUCCCGCCAGAAGAAUUUGUUUCCGUAUUUGCAAUUUAUGAAAAAACCGGACCGAGAAAGUAUUUUGAAAUCACUGUGAACGGACGACAGGACAAAGUUUCCAUUAAGUCACGUGAUGAAAGCGACGCCGAUGACGACGAGUUGCACGUGACCAGUUUUCGUAAAGUUGGCAUUGCUAACGGACAAUGGCACACAAUGCUCAUUCAUUUCGUCAUAACAGAUUCAGGAGUUGCUGAAACUCAUUUCAUACUUGACUGUGCAGAGAAGGGAAGGGCCGAACACCCCUGGAUCGCAGAUCAAAUCCGGAAAAGUCGGAACAGCACUCUGAUCGUCAAACUUGGUACCAAGAGUACAAUUGAUAUAAAGACUCACAUGCGAAAGGCGGUUCUACUCCAUGAUGAGCAACUUCCAAUAGUGCGGAGGAACUAUGGCGGUUACUGCACUCAGGCUGACAUGGGCAUAGGGUCUGAUCCGACUCUGUUGAACAUGAUGAACAACUUUGAACCAGUUUCGGAACUAAUAAUUCAAAUCUCAGAUCUGGCAUCGGUCCUCCGAGACAUCCAUGCAGGAAUGAAGGCUCAAGCGAUAGAGACGAAAGAGCUUCGGCGAACUUUGCAACAAUGUAGUGCAUGUACAGGCGAGAAAAGUCUGUACAGUCAACCUACUCAGUCAGUGUCGCCAACUCAAGGCCGUUUUCAAGUUACAGAGCCUCCCCAGCCUAGUAUCAUCAAAGUCGAGGAACCAACAGAACCCCCGGUGAUAAGGAAAUGCAGCAGCAACCCUUGCGAUAGUCAAGUUGAGUGUGAAGAUACAGAAGACGGGUUUACCUGCGGCAGAUGCCCGUCGGGAUUCACAGGUAACGGGAUUCACUGUGAUGACAUAGACGAGUGUGAGACGUCGUUCGAUCCCUGUUCAGCCAUAGCUGGCUGCAUUAACACCCAGGGCGGAUAUUACUGCAACCUUUGUCCUGAGGGCGGAUUCGAACAAUCAUAUAAGGAGAUUGAGGUGGCGGAAAGAAUUAUUCAGAAACAGGUAUGCACGGAUAUCGACGAAUGCAAAGUUGACAAUGGCGGAUGUGCGGAAUUCUCUAAAUGUAUCAAUACUGCGGGUUCAUAUAAAUGUGGAGCGUGCAUUCCCGGUUACCAUGGAAACCAGACAUCCGGGUGCGUGAAAGUCAGGCAAUGCAGCGACGGAGCUCUUAAUCCAUGCGACGUGAAUGCAGAAUGUCUGGUAAUAAACACUGCAGAAGAAUAUGCAUGCGAAUGUAAUGCGGGAUAUUCUGGCAAUGGAUAUGUUUGCGGACUGGACGGAGACUUAGACGGAUAUCCAAACGAGCAGAUGCCCUGUAAUGUUAAAAACUGCAGACAGGACAAUUGCCCUGAAGUACCCAACAGUGGACAAGAAGAUUCUGAUCUGGACGGCCUUGGUGACGCGUGUGACAGUGACGCAGACGACGACGGGAUUUCCAAUGAUGAAGAUAAUUGUGUGUUGGUGCCGAACAAAGAUCAGCAGAACUCAGAUUCGGAUCUAUUCGGCGAUGCGUGCGACAACUGUCCCAAUGCGAACAACCCUCAACAGCUGGACCACGAUGACAACGGGAAAGGAGACGAAUGCGAUACUGAUAUAGACGGAGAUGGCAUUGGAGAAACCUUAGAAAACUGUCCGUUCGUUCCUAACGUUUCACAGGACGAUAUGGACGGUGACAGCGUCGGUGAUGCGUGCGACAAUUGCCCAACUAUGAGCAACCCUAUGCAGUCUGACUCGGAUCAUGACUCGAUCGGUGAUGUUUGUGACACUAACACUGACUCGGAUGGUGAUGGAAGACAGGACAACAUGGAUAAUUGUCCUCAUGUUUUGAACUGCGCUCAGUUGGAUACGGACAACGAUGGUAAAGGCGACGCAUGCGAUGAAGACGACGAUAAUGAUGGGAUUCCUGAUUACGGGAAACAAACAGAUAAUUGUCGUCUGAUAAAUAACCCGAAUCAACUUGAUGACGACGGAGACAAUAUAGGAGAUGCGUGCGAAAACGAUCAGGACGGUGACGGGGUGGUCGACUGGAAAGAUGUUUGUCCGUAUAAUCGGGAUAUCAGCGUCACCGACUUCAGGUCUUACCAAAAAGUCAUGUUGGAUCCUGAUGAAAGCGAGGUCGAGCCAAGCUGGAUCGUCGCCAACGAAGGAAUGGAGAUCACGCAGAAAACUAACAGCGACCCUGGGCUACUAGUUGGUUUGGACUCAUUUGACGGCGUUGACUUCAGUGGAACGUUUUUCGUCAACACAGCGAGCGACGACGAUUAUGCCGGAUUUCUGUUCAGUUAUCAGAGCAGUAGGAAGUUUUAUGUUGUCAUGUGGAAGCAAACAAGCCAGGAAUUCUGGGACGAUGAACCGUUCAGGGCUUUGGCGUUAUCGGGACUUCACAUAAAGGCAGUGGACUCUGCAACCGGUCCAGGGCCAGAUCUCCGGAAUGCUUUGUGGCAUUCUGGUGACACACCAAAUCAGGUCAGGACAAUAUGGUCGGAUCCAAACAACGUAGGUUGGAAAGAUAAGACUGCUUACAGAUGGGAAUUGAAACACAGGCCAGAGACAGGGUAUAUAAGGUUGAAAUUCUAUGAAGUCAACAAACUAGUUGCUGACACAGGAGCAAUCAUAGAUAACACAGUGAAAGGCGGAAGACUUGGUGUGUUUUGCUUUAGCCAGGAAAGAAUUAUCUGGUCCCAUCUGAAGUACAAGUGCAAUGAGGCUUACCCUGAGGACUACUGAAGACGAUAAUUCAGUCAUAACAUUGUGACGACAUACCUUGUGUGAUGUCACAAUAAAUCAAAACGAUUUGCAGACGACAGGACUUGUCGUCCGAUUGUCAGACGAAGAAAGCUAAAUGAUUCAGGAUUUUGGCAUACGAAAACAAAAUAGAUUCAUGUUCAAGACGUGUAAACGAGUUUGGUUGCUGCUUUUUGCGCGGGAACGUCAUGUUAAAGCCAUCAAUAUUUUCAUUUCAUAUGCUCACUCAAGCAUCCCGAGUCCCGUUUCCAACGAAACCAUGUUCAAAUCAAUUCGUAGCUGGAAAAAAUUUCACUCCGAACAAGUCUUGGUAUUAGCAGCCAUAAGCGCGCGCUAUAAGUUGUGGGCAUGAAGUUUUAGUAUUAUGAGACACUAGUCAGGUUUAGCUACCUAACCAUUGAUCCAGAGGUCCCAACCUUGUAUGGCUCGUGACCCCCAUUCAGGCGGCUUUUAGCACUCAUGGCCCCCUAGUUAUCGUUUCAGUUGUAUUUAUAGUGUUAUUUUGAUUGAUUUGAGUCCAAUUAUUAUUGGACAUUAUGUAAUUCAUGCUCAGCAAAGUGAAAACAUUCUGUGAACUAUCCUUAUCAAGCAAUGAAACUAGGUGAACGGAAGUUUUCUUGUAAGAUGAGAAUCAAAAUCAGUUUUGCGCCUAGCUUUGUUGUAUUCACGAUGUAUUUAUUUCAAUUGCUUUCGUUGUAAUAGGACCCUCUUAUGUCCCAACUCGAGUUAUCUGAAGCAUCGGAACAUCCCAAUAUUUGGAAUAACCUAAUCAGUUAAAACGUCUUCAAUUUUAUUUAUCUAUGAUGAUAUCAGAUUAUAAUUUGGGUACUCCCGAAGUAUGUGUACCAGGUUAGGGUUAGGGCAUAAAAUU